CUCGCACGGCCGUCGCGAUGGGUCGCCCGGCCCCGCCCGUCUCGCUCAUCGCGUCCAUCCCCCCCAUAUGGAUCACGAUGGGGAAGAUCUUCCUCACGCUGUUCGCCGUGCUCUUCGCGCUGUCCACGACGCUCACGCGCGCGGUGCGCAUUAGCAAAGGCCGGGGCGAGGGCACGCUGCGGUUCGUGGAAGCGAAAGCGCGGUUCUUAGCGGACGCGAAAGAGAAUCCGUCGAAGCACCACGCGGAGAUAUUCAUCAUCAAGUACAGCGCGGUGUGGAUACUCUCCGUGGGCGUCGUCAUCGCGUCGCGCGCGUACGAGUGGUGGGGGCGAUGGGGGUACAUCGUGUACUGCGGCGCCUGCGCGGCGCCGUACGUGGUAACGCCCCUUCUUCGGCCGUUAAAAGGCGACCGAACCCCCGCCGGGGCGUCCUCGAUCGCGACCUGGUACAUCCUCAAGGCGAACGCGUGGAUCGCGGUGUUCUCGUUCAUCGGGAACUACUGGUACACGCACUACUUUUACGGCGUCCUGAAGGCGAAUUACACCUUCGACGCGCACCGACUCAACGACGUCCCGAUAAGCAUGUACCUCAUGACGCACGCGUACUUCAUGUUCUACCACGCGCUCACGAACUGCGCGCUUCGGUUCGUGAAGAGCAAGUACGAGGACGACGCCGCGCGGUGGGUGUUCACGUGCGCGCUCGUCGCCGUCAUGGCGUACACGACCGCGUUCAUGGAGUCGCUCACGAUUUGCGGGUUUCCGUAUUACACGUUCGCGGAUCGCGAUAAAGCGUACACGCUCGGGUCUGCGUUUUACGGUAUUUAUUUCCUCGUCUCGUUCCCGAUGUUUUUACGCGUCGACGAGGACGUCGUCGGCGGGGGGAAGCGCGGCGGCGGGAAGGGGCGCACGACGCACUGGACGACCUUUUGGGAGGCGAUGGGAAGCGGCAUGGCGGUGCUGUGUCUCCUCGACUUCGUCCGCGUCCACCUCGGUCUGGACUUUUGCAUGUACGCGAAGGGGCACUGACGGACGAGGGAGGGAGGCGCGAAAUUAAUAAUACGGCACGUCGUGAGCGAGAGAGAGACGUCGACGCGACGCGCGGCGCGGGCGUGUGGUUGACGCUAAGCGUGCGUAAUUGAAUUAUUACUUAGUGUGCCCGCG